GCAGACCCUAGCAACAGCGCAGGCUCGGGGCCGAGUCCGUUAUGGCCGCCGCCGCCCUGGGCAGAAUGAGCGGGGCUGCGCGAGAGAAGCUGCUCCCCGGGCCGGGUGCCCGGGGCCUCGGCGUGCUGGCGCGGUCGCUGGUGCUGGCGUUGCUGCUCGCGCCGGUCUUGUGCUUUGAUACUCCAGAGGACACUCCACACGACCCCACUGUUUCUCCUCCAGCUGUGCUGACAGCUGGAAACAACACCGAACCUUCUAUUUCCCAGAUCAGCACCACUGUUCCUCCCCCAGCCAGCACAGAGAAAAAUGGAGGCACCUCUGUGGCACCCACCCCCUCUGCUUCCCCUUCUGUGUCCCAGGACGAGGCUGAUAACAAUGAAGAUCCCAGCAUGGAGGAGGAGGAUCUUCUGGCCCUCAACAGUUCCCCGUCCACAGUCAAAGACACUCUGGACAAUAGUGACUACGGAGAGCCUGACUAUGACUGGACCACCAACCCCCGGGACGAGGAGCCUGAUGAUAAUCUAAACCUCGAGCUGAGCAAAGCCGACAGGCGCUUCCAGCUGUUCGAGGACUCGGUGAAGGUGGUGAAACUCCCGCCCCCAAACCGAGAGGACAGCCAUUUCUUCUUUCACCUCCUCAUCUUUGCUUUCUGUGCAGCUGUUGUGUACGUUGCGUAUCACAACAAAAGGAAGAUUUUCCUCCUAGUUCAAAGCAGGAAGUGGCGUGAUGGCCUGUGUUCCAAAACAGUGGAGUACCAUCGUCUGGACCAGAAUGUGAAUGAGGCCAUGCCUUCCCUGAAGAUCACCAAUGAUUAUAUUUUCUAAAGCACUGUGACUGGGGUUUGCUUCUUCUGUCAUUUUAUUUGCUUGACUUUUAUAUGAUGUCAUGCAGAAUUCUGCCACAGGCAAGUGGUACUUAACUAAGAGGGGGCACUCUCUCUGGCCUUGGUGCUUUGGGAACUAAAUGUCACAAAUAAGGAGUAUCUAAUUUUUUAAUCUGUUCUUUAGAGCUAGAUGCAAUCAGGUCUGGGAACUGUGAGUUGAACGUUACUGUAUAUUUUUGUGUAGGUGUUAUUAUUUCCCUUCAUCGUGCCUCGGCAGCAGUGGCCUCCUCUUUGAAAGACCCCAGACAGAGCUGCAGUCUCCCAGGGCCAGCACUGCUCCUUUCCUCAUGCGCUGCCAUCCAAAUGCCGGUUUCCUCUUUCCUUGAUUCUGUUGCUAAUUUUUGAGAUAGGGUCUCACUAAAUAGCCUAGGCUGGCCUUGAACAGUUGGUCCUCUUGCUUUGGACUCUCAAGUGCUGGUACUACAGGGGUGGCCGCCCACCCACUUGCAGAUAGCAUAUUUUCAAACACAUUUCUUUGCGUGUGUGGUACCAAACUUCAAUGUACAAGGAUAUUGUGAUUAUAAUGCUUUGCUUUAAAGUAACACGUUUUCCUCUCUCUCAAAACUGCAUUGAAAGAUGGAUGGUAGGGGGGCUCAGUCAGUGAGGGCGCUUGCUGCCAAGCCUGAGAGCCUGAGUUCAGUCCCCAGGACCUGAGUGGCAGAGGGGAAGAGCGGAUUCUUGCAGGUUGUCUUCUGACCUCCACAUGUGUGCCACGGCGUUUGUGCACCUACACACACGCUUAUACACACAUAGUAAAUAAAUGUAAUUAUUUAAAAAAAUGCUUUGGAUGUUUUUAGGCACUUAAAACAGUGUAAGAUAAUGUGGCUGCUGCUUUACCAAUCACACAUUAAACUUGUUUAGAAAUUCUUGCAAAAUAGACUGCAAUUCCCAGUGAACACAGCUGAAAUGUUAGCUAAUAUCAGUUUUGGGUUUGGAUUACUGAAUGAAGUUUAGGGUGGAACUUGGUAGAAUAUUUAACCCAUAAACAAUGGUUGCUUUUAGUCAGCACUUGAUUUUAGCAAGUUCCAAGGGUUCAGGUGAUGAGCAGAAUUUAAAAACUUAGAUCAGAGUUUUUCAGUUUGUUUCUUGCUGCACAGUAAAUUGAAGAGACUUUAGAGGCCAUUAUCACUUAAAUGAUGCUGUGUCUCAAUCCUGCAGUUAAAGUGAUAAUCUGAAUGAAGUUUACACACAGAUCUGUGCAAUAGUGACAUUCAGACUCCUGCCACGUUUUAUUAUGUUGCCCUGCCCCCAGCAACUGGAAUUAUUUACUGUAUUUCACGUUAGCCUGUUUUUUAGAGUUGAUCAGGAUGUAAAUGUGUGAUUUGAACCAUGGUUGACUACCAAGCUUCGUUACAACUCUCCCAAAAGCGCAGCCUUUGCUGUGUGCUCAGUAAAGCCCAGGUGAGCCAGCAGCCACUGAGUGGCAGGGCUGUCCUCCCUUCAGGGACAGUCGACUGUCCGAAGGAUGCGCAGCUUCGUCACAUAGACCUGGACUGUUUUACCGCAGUAGUUUUUUUCAUAUCUGAAAUUGUAUUAUUUAAUAUUUUGAAUAAGAUUUUAAGAAAUAAAUGGUAAAGAUAUCAA